AUGCAGGACAUGCAAAAAUUCAGCUACCCACCCGCUCGCCCUAACGUCUGGAUUCCAUUCUUACUCCUUGAACAAAGAAGCUGGGGCUCAGCCUACCCAUUCGACAACAUAGACAUCCUCUCCCACCUCCAACCAAACGAACCUCGAUUCUGGACCUUCUCGUUCGAAAUCAGCAAGCGGCAAUUCGACCAUCUUCCCAAAUCUGGAUCUUGGAGGAAUCUCCUCGUCGCUUCACCUCCUUUCACGCAUUUCUGGUAUACUCGAUCUUUCUACGAGUUGGGGAGUGGAAGGGCGCCGUUCGUGACGCAUGUCGAUUAUGAUGCUCAAAAGCAGAAGUCUGAACAGAGGUAUGCGAAAUUUCGGCCUGAAGGUGUGACGCUUGGGGACUUGGUUGAUGCUGUGUGUGAGCUGUUCGAGAAGUAUGAGCAGACCAAGUUUGUUCAGGUUGAGAGUGUGAGGGUGUCGAAGGUCGGACAGGCAUCGCUUCCGUUGAGUGAGGAUAGGCCGACUACGAAAUCGUAUAUCCCUGGCAUGUCUGCUGAGAAGGCGCACGGAUGGCAUCGGGAGCUGUGA